AUUAUGGGAAAAGACGUUCGACGCACAUGUGGCCAUCUGAUCAGUGCUGAACGAGUCUGGAGCAAAAGCAGCAGGGCUGUGUUAGCGGCUAUUAUUUGUAUAAUUAAAACAGGAUUAGCCAUACGUAAUAAAGUAAAAUGAGACCAGGAUUCAGCCCAAGAGGAGGUGGACGAGGAGGCUUUGGAGGAAGAGGAGGAGGAGAUCGAGGUGGAAGAGGAGGAUUUGGAGGAAGAGGAGGAGGAGGAUUUGGAGGAAGAGGAGGUGGUGACAGGGGUGGAAGAGGAGGAUUUCGAGGGGGUAGAGGUGGUGGCGGAUUUAGGUCUCCUGGAGGUGAUGGUGGCUUCCGUGGACGAGGGGGCGGACGUGGCACUCCUAGAGGCAGGGGAGGACGAGGAGGGUUCAGAGGGGGCAAACAGGUGACUGUUGAGCCCCAUAGACAUGAAGGAGUUUUUAUCUGCCGUGGUAAAGAGGACGCCCUGGUCACAAAGAACAUGGUGGUUGGAGAAUCUGUGUAUGGAGAAAAGAGAAUAAAUGUUGAGGAAGGAGAAACUAAAAUUGAGUACAGAGCAUGGAAUCCUUUCCGGUCGAAACUGGCCGCAGCCAUUUUAGGAGGUGUUGACCAGAUCCACAUUAAGCCAGGAGCGAAGGUCAUGUACUUAGGAGCCGCAUCAGGAACUACUGUAUCUCAUGUUUCUGACAUUGUUGGACCGGAGGGAUUGGUGUAUGCUGUCGAGUUCUCCCACAGAUCAGGCAGAGACUUGCUGAAUGUGGCGAAAAAGAGAACCAACAUUAUUCCCAUCAUUGAAGAUGCACGACAUCCGCACAAAUACCGCAUGCUUGUUGGUAUGGUGGACGUCAUCUUUGCCGACGUUGCUCAGCCUGACCAAACAAGAAUCGUUGCCCUCAAUGCACACAAUUUCCUGAAGAAUGGAGGACAUUUUGUUAUUUCCAUCAAGGCUAACUGCAUUGAUUCAACAGCCGCUCCAGAGGCAGUGUUUGCAUCAGAGGUUAAGAAGAUGAGCUCUGAGAACAUGAAGCCUCAGGAGCAGCUGACACUCGAGCCGUAUGAGAGAGAUCACGCAGUUGUUGUGGGAGUCUACAGACCGCCACCCAAGCAUAAGAAGUGAGGUUUAUCACCAUUCACAUCGUCCUUUCUCCUGAAAUAACUGCUUCUGCCACUAGAUGGACCCACAGUUUGCAGAUGACAAAAGACUGAUAUAAGUGAACCAUUUUCUUGUGUCCACAGGGUUGGGAGUGUAUCCCUUUAUACCUGAUUGGCACAUGCAACAUAUUCUUUAUUGAGACUAACUCUGCUCCCGUUUUUUUCCUUUGUAUGAUCAUCCUCUGUCAUGUAAUAAUAUACUGUACUGAGAGAUCAAUUUUGAGUUUUGCUUGUAAGAAUUAUUGGAAGCUAGAUGUGUUAUGUUAACUAAAUCAACAGUUUUCCAAAGCAUACGUUUGUUAUUGUUUCUUUUGGAUAUUUUUAGUAAAAAAAUUUUUAACAAUCAUUCAUUCUUUCUGUAUUUUGUUUGUACCUCUAAAAGAAUGUUAAUUCAAAACUUCGUGUGAAGCUGUUUCAGAAGUAUUAGUAUAAACCCAUAUCACCAACUCUAAAAAAGACUUUUCAUACUAGUACUUGUUAAGCCAGCCUAAGCUUGUUUGCUGUUUUUUCUGGUUUUCUCAGCCUGGUCAUCUGACAAGUAUCAAGAACCCUCUUCUGAAACAAGUAGAUAUUCCAGCAAACUAGUUUAUGAUGAGUUAAAUUCCUUUUUUCUUGCAAGGCACCGUGUGAGGCAUAUCUUUUUAGGGAAAUUGUUAGUAAUCUGAAUGAAAGCUUCAGAUGCUUCAUUGUCCAGAAGUUUUGUGAUCACAAGCAGGUCAUUUUUGUAAAUAAAUAUUCAAAAUCAA